UUGUGAUAUUUUUGGUAAAAUUUACUCAGUCGUGCGCGGCUUCUAAUGGGUGUCAGAAUGGGCUUGAGAAUACGGAUGUUAGUUGUGGUGUUCUAUUGUUUAACAAUUGCAGUUGUAAAUGGACAGAAUAGGUUUCCAGCGGAAUUCAAAUUUGGCGUUGGAACGUCAGCGUAUCAAAUUGAGGGAGCAUGGAAUGAAGACGGGAAAGGAGAGUCCAUCUGGGAUCAUUUGGUACACAAUCAUCCGGAGAAGAUCGCUGAUCAUACGAAUGGGGAUGUAGCCUGUGACAGUUAUCGAAAUUACAAACGGGACGUGGAAAUGAUCCGAAAUCUGGGGGUCAACAUGUAUCGCUUUUCAAUGGCUUGGAGUCGCAUUAUGCCAACUGGUGUCAGUAAUCAUUUGAACCAAGCCGGAAUAGACUAUUACAACAAUUUGAUCAAUGAACUGAUCAAGUAUGACAUCGAGCCAAUGGUGACGUUAUAUCAUUGGGAUCUACCGCAGCGAUUGCAGGAAAUGGGAGGUUGGACGAAUAGAGAAAUUAUCGAUCACUUCAAAGAAUACGCAAGAGUUGCUUUCGAGAACUUUGGAGAUCGUGUAAAAUGGUGGACAACAUUUAACGAGCCGUUGCAAACUUGUCUGUAUUCCUAUGAACACGAUUCAAUGGCCCCAGGUUUCAACUUCCCUGGAAUACCUUGCUAUCUGUGCUCCCACAAUUUGCUGUUGUCACAUGCCGAGGCGGUUGAACUUUACAGAACUCAGUAUCAACCAACUCAAAAUGGAAUUAUCGGUAUCACAGUUGAUUCGUCAUGGGCCGAGCCAAGAAGUAACUCAUCUGACGAUCGCGAAGCUUCCGAAUGGUCAAUGCAGUUCCACGUCGGAUGGUAUAUGCACCCGAUUUUCAGCAAAACCGGAAACUACCCUCAAGUUAUGAUCGACCGUGUCAACAUGCUGAGUGCUGAGCAAGGAUUUGCCACCUCGCGUCUACCGCAAUUUACAGCUGAGGAAAUAGCCAAACUCAAAGGAUCCUCCGACUUCUUCGGUAUCAAUACGUACACCACCUCGCUCGUAUACAAAAAUGAUGCAGACAACUCGGCCAAGUACCGGGUUCCAUCGUUCGAUCACGAUCGCAACACGAUCGGUUAUCAGGAUCCGAGUUGGCCAGAAACGGGCUCCGGUUGGUUCCGUGUCUAUCCCGAGGGAAUGUACCACCUGUUGACCUGGAUCCGCAAUGAGUACGACAACCCGCCAGUUUACGUUACUGAGAAUGGAGUCAGUGAUCGCGGUGGAACCAAGGAUUUGUCACGUAUCAGCUACUACAAUCAGUAUCUGAGCGCCGUACUGGAUGCUAUGGCCGAAGGAAGCGAUGUCAAGGGUUACGUUGCGUGGAGUUUGAUGGACAACUUCGAGUGGCGAGCUGGGCUGACCGAACGUUUUGGGAUGUACUACGUGGAUUAUAAUGACCCCGGUAGGAAGCGGAUUGCGAAGAGCUCAGCAAAGGUGUACGCGAACAUCAUCAAGACUCGAGUGAUUGAUUUGGAUUAUCUGCCGGAGCCAGAAAUUUAUAUCCCAGAUAAUGGUGCCGCUAUCGGAUUGGAUGCUCCACGAGGUUUGAUUGCGUUGGCGAUAGGUAUUUAUUGGGUUUACAAGUGCAACUUUUAGGUAUUAAAAUGAUAAAUUCAAAAUUGUCUUUAUUACAAAACAGAAUUCCUAUGUUGAAUAGCUGCCAUUUGACAGCUAUAUGAAAACUGUAUGCCAAAGCAAGCACAUAUGUUUAAUUGUUUACCUAAUUACAAAAAUCAUCGGUAUUUGCUGCACUGAC